AUGUCUGAAUUUAUGAACAACGAAAAAGACGAAGCUGCCUCCAGAACAGCUAGGGUUAAUAGAGAAAAUGCUACAUCAACGACGCAGCUGUCUAACCCAGGUGAAAAAUGGCUUAUCUCUGGUAUAUUGGUAUUAUUUUUGUCGGUGAUAUUUGUUAGUAGUAAUGGGUUAGGACACUUGAAAAUUGCAUUACAAUCGCCUAACGAUUUGUCAAUUUGCCCAAUUUAUGAACCAAAGGUCCCCCAGACUUAUUUGAAUGAUAAGUCAAAGGUGUACAAUAUUGUACAUGAUGAAAAAUUCCGGUUACAAUCGGUCAAAAAGUUAUCUGGUGCGGUUCAGGUUGACACUCAGAUCGGCGAUAAUCAACCAGAUGUUCCCGACGCACCGGAACAAUGGGUGCAAUUUCAAGCAUUCCACGAUUAUUUGGAGAAGACGUUCCCUACGGUGCAUAAGCAUCUUCAAGUUGAUAAAGUUAACACUUAUGGAUUAGUGUUCACAUGGAAAGGAUCAAACAAGAACUUGAAGCCUUCUAUGUACAUUGCACAUCAGGAUGUGGUUCCAGUACAGAAGGAAACAUUAAAGGAUUGGACAUAUCCUCCUUUUGAUGGGCAUUAUGAUGGUACAUAUGUUUACGGUAGAGGUGCGCUGGACUGUAAGAACCUGUUGAUUGCUAUGUUAGAGGCCCUUGAAUUGUUGAUUGCCGACAAUUUCAAGCCUCAAAGAGGUAUUAUCGUGGCAUUCGGUUUCGAUGAGGAGUCAAUCGGUAUCAGGGGAGCUGCAAAUAUUGCCAAACAUCUUGAAAAGAAGUAUGGCCACGAUUCUAUAUAUUCACUUAUUGAUGAAGGCCCUGGUUUGACACUUGAUGCUGCUACAGGCCAAUACAUUGCCACUCCAGCUAACGGUGAAAAGGGUGAUCUUAACGUCCAUGUGUUUUUGAGCGCACCAGGAGGACAUUCUUCGUACCCACCAGAUCACACGGCUGUUGGUAUUAUGGCUGAAUUGAGUUAUAAUUUGGAGAAUGAUCCAUAUAAACCAUUCUUAACAUCCAAGAACCCUGUUUUACGUUACUUACAAUGUUUGGCUGUUAACACUGGUGACAAGUUGCCAAAAUUAACGAGAAAGGCUAUCUUAAGAGCUGGAUUUGAUAAAUUGGCUAAUAGCAAAGUUUUAAAAAUGUUGCUUAAUAAUCCAAUGACUAACUACUUAGUUCGUACUACUCAGUCUCUUGACGUCGUUCAGGGUGGUGAAAAGGCCAACUCUUUACCAGAACACGUUAAAUUAGUUAUCAACCACAGAGUUGCUAUCGAAACCCCUUUUGAGGAAGUUGAAAAGCAUUUCAGUGACCAUGUCGUUGAAGUCGCUACAAAAUACAAUAUAAGCGUUGAAGCUUUCGGAGAACAAGUUCAUAAUGGUGACCCAAAGAACGGUCAGUUCACUGUUGUGGUUUACCACAAAACACCUGCAGCACCUGUCUCUCCAUCUAAUGACACCGUCUGGGAAUAUCUUGCCGGUACUACAAGACACGUUUUCGAGGACGUUGUUUUCACCAACUUAAGCUACCCAAUAAUGACGACCCCAUUUAGUCUUACAGGUACUACUGACUCCAAGUAUUAUGCUAAUUUAACUAAAAAUAUUUACAGAUACACUCCAGGCUACCCAGCAGACUUUAAGGAAAAUAAAAUUCAUAGUGUCGACGAAAAGGUACCUUUUGAUUCUCAUUUGCAUGCAUUAGCAUUCUACUAUGAGUAUAUUCAAAAUGUUGAUACCCCAGACGCUGGCAACUGA